UAACAGGGGACUUUUAUUACACAGCAUUAGCAUUCGGAAACACGGCGGAGCCGGGGCGAGCCGGCCCUAAUCAGAGCGGGCCGUGCCUUCUCCCCAUGGCGAAGGGAGAGGGGCGGAGGGGGAUGCGGACACCCGAGCACGGACGGCUGCGCGCAGCCCCGCUCGCAGAUGCUGCUGAAUAUCGCCUGCGCGCGGAGAUGCGCGGACAGGGAACAAAGGGGCAGGGAUCGAUGGGACUGGGAUCGAUGGGACUGGGAGCGGUGGGACUGGGUGCGACGGAGAGCGUGGGGACGUUGGGGACGUCUGGGCGGUGGGGGGGUGCCGGGAGCGGCUGCGCGCUACUUGCGCGCCUCUGCGCGGCCGAGACCGCAUCGUGCGCGGCGGGGCAGCUCUGACCGUGGCCUGUCCCUCCCUCAGGUGUGGUUCAAGAACCGCCGAGCCAAGUGGAGAAAGCGGGAGCGGAACCAGCAGAUGGACCUGUGCAAGAACGGCUACGUGCCGCAGUUCAGCGGGCUGAUGCAGCCCUACGACGACAUGUACGCCGGGUACCCCUACAACAACUGGGCCACCAAAAGCCUCACCCCGGCGCCGCUCUCCACCAAGAGCUUCACCUUUUUCAACUCCAUGAGCCCCCUCUCCUCGCAGUCCAUGUUCUCGGCUCCCAGCAGCAUCUCCUCCAUGAACAUGCCCUCCGGGAUGGGCCACUCGGCCGUGCCGGGAAUGGCCAACUCCGGCCUCAACAACAUCAACAACAUCAGCGGCUCCUCGCUCAACUCGGCCAUGUCCUCGCCCGCUUGUCCCUAUGGGCCGCCGGGCUCGCCCUACAGCGUGUACCGGGACACUUGUAACUCCAGCCUGGCCAGCCUCAGACUGAAAUCAAAGCAGCACUCCAGUUUCGGCUACAGCAGUUUGCAGAGCCCCGGCUCCAGCCUAAACGCCUGUCAGUACAACAGUUGACGGACUUGACACGAACCGCCUCCGACAAACACCGCCGACAAAGCAAAAAUUAAUAAGAAAAAAUAGAAAAUAAAGCAGAAACAAAGCGACGUUUAACGGAAAUGAAUAUAUAUAUAUAUGUGUGUGUGUAUGUAGAAACCCGAUGAUGUGUAAAAGCAAAACCCGAGCAAGUGAGAGAGGGAAAGAAACAGCACAAACAAACAAAAGCAAAAUAAUGAUAAUAAUAAGGAUAAUAAUAAAACAAAAUCCGAAAGCUCUGCAGACUUCGAUUGUCUAAAAAAAAAAUAAUGAUACUAAAUAAAAAUAAAUAAAUAGAAAAAGAGAUCCGACGACACAACCAACAAAGCAGCGACUUUAAAAAAAAAAAAAA